UCGCCCACUCAUGUUAUAGAAGCAUAUCACUUCUAAAAAAACACACACACACACAUUCACGGAGGAUUUUAUGCAGGUACUGCACGAAAUUAUAUGCCUAGUGGAUGCCAAGAUCUCUAUAUACGCCUCUUGGUGAUGCUAAGACGGUAGGAAAACUGCGUUUAGAUUGCAGCUAAAUCAAUCAAUUUAAAUUGUUAAUUAUUCAGCUAUGGUGACUUACUUGCCUAUUUCAUAUAUUUAUUUAUAAAACUUUUCAUUUAUCUUGCAUUGUUUUAACUUUGACAUUACUAGCAUUAUUUUAUAUUUACGACCAAAAUAUACAGUGUGCAAAUAAAUACAACAAUGCGUCUUCCAUUAUUGUCAAUAUUAUAGAAAGAGUUGAUUAAAAUAACAUAAAACAACAGCUAAUAAAAUCCUCAAUCAAUCUUCUAAAAUGUUGUACCUGUUCUGUUUUUAAAUACCCAUCAUACUUAACCCAUUCCAAGCGUCAUUGGUCGCGAACUCCCUACGUCAAGGGAUGCCUGCUACUGAUACGCAUCCUGAUUGGAUGGAACAUGUCUCUACGUCACCAUUCCCAGCCGGUGGCAAGUGUGGUUGGUGGAAGCAAGAUGAGUGUUUGGCGGGAAAGCGGCGCGUCCCUGGCAUGGCAUCACCCUUCCAACCAUUGUUUACCUUUUCCAUUUAAACCCAGUGGCUGCCUUGAACUUGGAACUCACCGUGUACUCAGGUCGUGACACACCCUGAAAGAUAACCCCGCCUGAGAGUAACGUAAGAUAUAGACGUUAGUUUGUGGUAGAUCAGGAGAAUAGCAACAAGUGGUUGUGAGAAGGGAGAGAUAAAGUGAGCGCGCCAUCACCAUCAGUAACCGAGGAAGUAUUGCUGACAGCGUGCCCCAUGAUGUGUUAUAGUGACUGACAGGGCGUAUGUUUAACUGUAGGCUACCAGAUUAACACUAUUAUUACGUGUUACCUGGUCCGUGGAGGAAAGUUUUGGGUGGUGUAGGUUCCUCGUGCAGGCCUGAUUGGCAGGAUGGCUGAGGGCAAUGGAGGGGCAGCAGGGGAGCCUGUUGCUCACCGCACGCGAGGGGCUUUAGAAGAAUUGCCACGUUCCACCACAAUCACCCUUCAUCAAAGCCCUCCAGGCAGAGUGGGCAGACAGACUUGGUCAGCUACAGUCAAUCUCCCAUCCUCAUAUCUAUCCCCAACACCCUCACCUGAUGAACUGAUUAUCAGGGAGCGAGGGAGAAGGUCUUUACCCAUUGAGUGGUCCCCUAUACCCAUUGAAAGUCCCAUCAAGCGUACAGACAAGACUCCUAUCAAGAGAUCUCCUACCAAAGGCUUGAUUGCCCUUCGCUCUUCACCGAGAAAGCGCCUACAACUAUCUGAUGCUUCUCCAAAGGAGAUUCUAGAAAGUAGACAGAGAAUGAUGCAGCUGUCUCCAAUUUUGAAGAAGUGCCGGAGUUUGACAGUCUCUCCUGCACAGUCCCCCCCUGAGGUGGCUAUCAAGGGCCUCUCCCAAAACCAAUUGGUGGAUGUGCUAAGCCAUGUACUGUAUAGACACCCAGAACUCAAAGAUGAAGUUUCUGACAUCCUUCCUCAACCAGAUCUAAAAGAGAUGGAAGAGAAAUUAAAUCUCCAGAAAAAAUGUGUGUUCAAGUCCCUGCCAGUCUCAAGACUAACCUCUAAGACAGAUUCACCUGCUUAUAACAAGGCAGCCCCACAUCUUGCAAGCUUUAAGAGGACCUUGUCAGAGCAGUGCAACCAGUUGGUGGAGGCAGAGCAGUGGGUGAGUCUUGUGGACUACUCCCUGUUGGCCUGGUCGUAUGUGCGUGCCACACCCAUCUGGGAUUCACAGCAACAUAACAGCUGCCGACGUACAUGCUUCAAAACUCUUGCCCAGCACUGCCUCCAGGGUCUCAAGAAAGUUAACUGGCUACCUGAGCGCCUGGAGAGCUUGUUAAAGAAGGUUGAACAGUGUUGCUCCGACCAUGAUGAAAUGCAGUCAUGUGUGGAUUACCUGCGUACUGUGCUCAGUAACCAAGUAUGAUGUUUGCAGCCAUCAAAUGCCAUGGGUUGAUUAUGAUCUGAAAGUGUUUUCAUGAUGCAUUCUCUUCAUUGACGAAGAGUUCUGUUGGCUGGCAUUGUUUUAUUCUUUGAACUAUUCUACUUUCAGAAUUUGGUGCAUGUUUGUUUUUUUAUGGUUACAUCAGUCUUGCAAUCUUUAUCAUUAAGGUGAUCAUUUUAGUCUAUCAUUGACAUUUGAACAUGAAACCAAAAGAAAAACAGAGAUACAGGAUAUAUAGCCUGAGUAUCACUGUUACAAUUGAUUUUGUCCACUUUUGUACAGAAUCUUGUCUUUAAUGGAAUAGUGUUCUUAAUGUUUUUUUUUUUAUAGCAACCAUGUUAUUUUGAUGAGUUUGAAAGUCUGUAUCACUGGAGAAGACAGAGUGAACUUUGUAGUGAGAUAUGAAGACCAUCACAUUACCAAGUAACACAGAAGUGGUAAAUAGUUUAUGAUUUAUGGAUCUCAUGACCAACAAUAUCAAUGUUCUGUGCAAAAGGAAAUAUAUGUUGCAACAUCCUGAUAGACUGGAGAUAUCAUGGUGAUCAGAACCAGUGAAGUUUAGUGAAUGAACAAGUUGUGAAAAGCAGCAUUAAUAUCUGAUUACUGAACUAAUAAUACUAACUGCUGUGGUUAUCAGGACAAAAAUAAAUAAAUAAGUAAAUAAAAAAAAUAAAUAAAUAUAAAUAUAUAGCACACUGAACAAAUGCUCUAUCAGUAACUUGAAAUACCUUGCAUCAAAAACAAACUUAUGAAGAUAUGCUAGAUGCUCCAGCUUGAGAACAACCAAGACAUGCAUGAUAUCAAAUUAUACUGGAAGAUGCAAUGAAAUUGAACAUUGUGACACUUGUGGUACUUAUAGGUGUUUCAAGUUCCCUCAUGACUUAAUGGAACAAAACCAAAAUAUCCCAACCCAGAUCAUAACAAUGUAAAGAAAGGAAUGGUGGAGUAAUUGUUAAGGUACACCCCUAUCUUGAGUUUUGCUAUCCUCAAGUGUGGCAUUUUGUCCUAAAUUUUACCAUCCCAAGUUUUGCAUAUUAUUGUCACAAGUUUGGGAGUUGUUUUCUUAACGGUUGGGAACGAAAAGGGAUUUUUCAUCUUUUUCAAUACUACGAGUUGCAAACCAACCAAGCAUAAAGCUUGAGAAAGGGUGUAUUUAAUCAUAAUGUUUUGAAUGUGAAUAUGUUAAGAUUUUUAAGGAUUAUUUACAGAUGCCAGUUUUGUAAUAUUGUAUUCAAUUUUUGGUUGUUGGUAAGAUAUGAUGUGAGUUGACUUUUAUCUCCAGUUCCUCUUUUCCCUUACAGUAUGUUCCUCUGAUUGCCAAGAUGGUUAUUUUCAUAACUUUAGAUAGUCUAGGCUAACCAUUUAAUUAUAAGUUUUGAAUGUUGUGAAUUUAGAAAGUUGUACCCGAGUCUCUGGAUUUUCAUUACUGUGUUCACGUACAGUCAAGGCAAGGAAAGUUCGUUGACAUGUAUCAGAUACUCAGGGACUGAUAUUGUGAAUACAUCAAUGGAUUGCUUUCGUUUUACAUAUUUAUUGAGGUAUUUAGGUUAUUUAUUUUGCACAGAUAUUCAUACGUACACACACACAGACACAUGGAUAUGUACAUUUUUUUAGCAAUGCCAAGGAUCAACAUUUUUGUCAUAUUAUAUUUAGUUGAAGGAAUCUAGUCAUAUGCAAAACAAUUUUUGAUGAGAGAUAUCUGGUACAGUAAUUUCACAAUAGUAUAUACAGUUGUUCUUCACUUGAUGGACUAAAGAGGAGGAAAGGUGCCUUAUAUUGAGGAUUUUCUAGAUUGAUUUUACCCAGGGUUGUUGCUGAAAAUAAAUUGAGACAAACUAUGCUACAGAGUAGAUUAUAUUAUGUAUAUUUACAUGUUGGCCCUUAUUAGAUAACUUUUCUGAAAUGUUACAUUACUUACUGUUUUUAACUAUCUCAGGAAUAAGCCAUCCCAUGUCAUCAUGUUCAUCAUUAACACCACAUAGAUGAGUUCAUAAAAUCAGGGAUGCUUAGAGGUAUUUGCUCCUGAGAUUUGCUGUUAAAAUUAGACAUUAUUAUUUAUGGAUUUUCUGUCAAGAUCAGUACAGUUUUGACUCGUGUCAUCAAACUUUGGCCUCAGACUGUAUAAUAGAAAAGAAAGAGAAAUACAAGUAAGGCAUGCAUUUCCAGCCAGUAUCAUUAUUAUCUUACUUGUAUGUUAUAUAUAAGGAUUCAGUCAUACAUUGGUUAGCAAAAUUUUGUAGAAAAUGUACAUGUUAUUGAUCAUUGCUUAAGAGACUUAAUUUGAAGAAGCCAGAUUUGUAUAUGGCUGUUCACAGUUAUUGUUAAUACAGCAAUGGUGAUGUGUAGCAAUGUUUAUGCCAUCACAUCUCAAAGGUUACCAAGCUGCUGGAAGAACAUUUUUACAUUGAUGACAGCAGUGGUAUGCUUGGAACUUGAUGGCUGUGAAGUAUAAGUACAAUAUGUUUAAGUUAAGAUCAAGGAAUUUUUUUACUAGGCAUAUUAUCUUGAAACUGAUGUUCUCCCUUUCAUUGAGGUAUAUAGUGUACUGACAUGUCCUUGCUAAUUGGGUGUAAGAUGCUACUGCACAUUCAGUUAUUGUAAAUCUGAGUAAGCUUUCAUUGACCAAUCUUGUCAUUAAAGAUUAUUAAUAGAUUUCUUUCAGAAAGUUCUCUUGUGGCUAAGGCUGUUAUAAAAUGUUCUGUAGCAAUUUUCAGGUAGUGCAACUAGAUCCAGAUUACAUAGGAAGUUAAUUUCCAUUAGUUUAAGUGUCAGCUAUGAUAAAAGUUAACAGAUUUACAAGUUUUUCCUAUUGUAUGAUGUGGAACCAAAAAUACUAUGAGUAGGGAUACAAAGGAAGGUGGGAGACUAGAUAUGUAGUAUAUGACAAAUGUGAUUAAUAUUUGUACUUCUGGCAGCAGAGCUAGGGUUUGGCUUUCAGCCUGACUAAUGAACUUUUAAUGUGCCUUACAAAAGGUGGGGAAAACUCUUUAUGGUCUCAUGCUUGGGACAAAAAAAAAAGAUAAUAAUUAAAAUUUAAUAUUUGGUCAUAUUUUUAAUAAAUUGUUUACUUAGAA